GAUAGAGGAGCUGACUGAGAAGGUUGCUAUAUUGGGCAGUAGCGUGCCUGCUGUGAGAUUUUGUGGACUGAAACCAUGCCGGUGACGUGGACAUGCCCCCAUUCAAACGCUGUCUUGUGUUUGGCCGUCAGCACGGAAAGAGUAGUCGCUUCAGGGGCAGAGCUGGGGGAACUCACCAUUUGGAAUGAGGAAGGACAACAUGUAGGCAAUAUACAAGUGAAUGGUGGGGAGGAUGUAACCAGCAUUGCCUUCUCCCCAGUUAGUGCCACCAGGCUGUAUGUGUCACAUGGAGAAAGUGUAAGUGUGCUGGACAGCAGGGCUUUGAAAGAGCCAGUAGAGACUUUCACUAUCAACAAAGAAGAAGUGAACUGCAUUACUGUUAAUGAAACAGACAGUCUCCUGGCUGCCGCUGAUGACUCCGGUUCAGUGAAAGUCUUGGAUCUUGAAAAGAAAAAAGUCAUCAGAUCUUUGCAGAGACACACCAAUAUCUGCUCAGCGGUCUCUUUUCGCCCCCACUGGCCUCACAGUCUUGUUUCAUGUGGGCUUGACAUGCAGGUCAUGCUUUGGAAUGUGCAAAAAGCACGACCCAUGUGGAUAACAAAUCUGCAGCACUUGUCGCAGGAUGAAGAAGAUACGGAUUAUCAACAGUCCCCAAGUCAGCUCUUCAACCCCCCUCUGGCUCAUUCGUUAUCUGUAGCUGCCUGUGGAAACACUUUUUGUUGCGGUGCCGAAGAUGGCAAAAUCCGUGUUUUCCGGGUUACAGGGACAAGGUUUGAGGAGGAGUUGUUUUUUAAAGGCCACACUCAAGGGGUUUCACAAGUCCAUUUCUUAAAAGAAGAAACACAACAUUUCUUAAUCUCUGGAGGGAAUGAUGGCAAAGUGUCUCUCUGGGACACUGGUAAAAAAACUACUCAGCAAAAGAAACCGAGGCAACCAAAAAAUCACAAUCAGAGGAAAUCUAACUCGCUGCAUGUAAAGGCCGGAGGCUCAGGUCAUAAAGUGUCAGAUGUUGCUGAGAGCAUCAGUGCAAAGUUAUCCAUUGAACAUGGGGAGAAAAUAAACUGGGUUGCCGAAGCUUCACUACAAGGAUCCAGAGUGAUUCUAGUAGCAGACCCAACCAAUUCCAUAACAGCUUAUGAACUUGGAGAGAUAUAGUAAUGUUGCUUAAAAUAAUGACUUCACGCUGGACCCAUACAGUUGGAUUCAUCUGUAGCUGCUUGCUGUGCCUUAUAAACAGAGUUGCAUGGAGAAGAAAACUUUGUAUGGGUGCAACUCAUGUAUACAGGUAUGGGACGCGUUAUCCAGAAACCCUUUAUCCAGAAAGCUCAGAAUUACAGAAAAGCUGUCUCCCAUAGACUCCAUUUUAUCCAAAUAAUCCAAAUUUUAAAAAAUGAUUUUCUUUUUCUCUAUAAUAAUAAAACAGUAGCUUGUACUUGAUCCAAACUAAGAUAUAAUUAAUCCUUAUUGGAAACAAAACCAACCUAUUGGGUUUAUUUAAUGUUUGCAAGAUUUUCUAGUAGACUUAAGGUAUAAAGAUCCAAAUUAUGGAAAGAUCCAUUAUCUGGAAAACCCCGGUCCGAGCAUUCUGGAUAACAGGUCCCAUACCUGUAUUUGAUUGUAAACAAAGCUUCAAAAUACUGCAGUGUUUUUUUUUAGCAUUAUCUGUAAAGUUAUGGUAUUAUAAACUAUACUUUGUAAAUGUA